GUUAAGAUAGUCUGAUAAUGAAGCAGGUGCUUUCAAGUAAACGUGUUUCCUCUGUGGUCAAUUGAUAAAACAGUUUGACAGAUCAAGCGGCAAUACCUAAUUAUAAUACGAAUACAAUGAUUUCGUACAACAUACAGCCUCCUUUGAAAUUACUGUCAUUUUUGUUGUGCUUUCAUAUUUCAUCAUCGUUUGUGCUCUAUAAAAGACAAUCAGACUUGUAUUCAACAAAUAACUUUGAUGCAAGUUUUUUGGCAAAUUCUGAAUCAAAUAAUGGUGGAAAUAUGGCGUCGAACGGAGGUGGUAGCACAUCGUAUUCUUCAAGGAACAGCAAUAGUAUGACGUCUGGCGGUGGUGAUAGUGAUCGUGGUAUGGGUUCGCCGAAAGGGGAAGGGAAUGGAAAUGGUAUGGGGAGUGAUAAUAAUCCUUUCAACAGUAACAGCAACACAGGAGGAAUGGGCCCAUUUUCCGGAGGAUCAAAAGGUAACGGAGGCGGUAUGGGGCCUUUUUCUAGUGGAUCAAAAGGAAGCGGAGGCGGAAAGGGGCCAUUCUCCAGUGGAUCAAACGGUAACGGAGGUGGAAAGGGGCCAUUUUCCAGUGGGUCAAAAGGAAGCGGGGGCGGAAUGGGGCCAUUUUCCAGUGGAUCAAACGGUAACGGAGGCGGAAAAGGGCCAUUUUCCAGUGGAUCAAAAGGAAGCGGAGGCGGAAUGGGGCCAUUUUCCAGUGGAUCAAAAGGAAACGGAGGAGGAAUGGGACCGUUUACCGCUAAUAGUAAUGGAGGUGGAAGCAGCAAUAGCAUGGGCGAAGGAAUGAAAUCACCAUUUGACAGUAGCAACAUGAAAGGAGGUCCUGGUGGUUUGGUUGGUGGUCAAUUUAAAUUAGACAUUGGGACGAAUAAUGGCCCGGGUGGACUUACUGGUAGUCAAUUUAUGACAAAUAAUGAUGGCGGACCUGGUGCUUUAUCAGGUGGUUCAUUCAUGCAGAAAACUGAUAGUUCGACUACAGAUUCUAAAUUUGACACAUCUCAGUAUGAACAGAUGUUGAAGGAAAUGUUUGCAACAGACUCGGGUACUAAAUCUGAGGGCAAUCCUUUUGAUCCUGAUUCUUACAGUGGUAAUAUUAAUGCAGCUGGCACUAGUACAAAAUUCAAUUCUGCUGGCAGUGGACAGUCCCAGGGAUAUGGCAACACGAAUAGUGGACAGUCCCGGGGAUAUGACAACACGAAUAGCGGACAGUCCCAGGGAUAUGGCAACUCGAAUAGCGGACAGUCCCAGGGGUAUGGCAACUCAAAUAGCGGACAGUCCCAAGAUUAUGGCAACUCGAAUAGCGUAGAGUCCCAGAGAUAUGGCAACACGGAUGGCGCACAUGGUUCAUACGAAUCAGGUCAGAAAGAAAGCAGCUACCAAUUUAACAAUGGUAACACCGACACAUAUCAGACGCCAUUUAACGAAAAGACUGAUUACAAUGAAUUAUUAUCAUCACCAUUCCAGUCUAAUAAUAAUAAUGGUCGUACUGGGGAACAGAGACCAGACCAGGCUCUAGGUACUGGGUAUUCACCUUUUAAGGCAGACAGAGGUAUGCCAGGUAUGGCUAGAAUGAAUAACCCAGGAGGUAACCCGUUUAGUCAAGGAGGAUCACAAAUUGGAAGGGGUUGAAAGAAGAUGUUUCAAGAACAAAAUAAACAUUGGAACAAACAGUGUAUUAUGUUUACUGUAUAUUAAAAUGUUUGUGAUAAAUUAUG